GAAUACAAGUAGCUUGCACAAGUUGCACAAAAUGAAAUUCCGUUUAUAUAAAAAAUGAUCAGAAAAAAUAACUAUCAAUUAUUUAUUUUCGCUUUUUUAUCACUAACAUUAUUAAAAAGCAGUUUAACAAUUAACAAUGAAAUAAUUGAAUAUUUUCAAAUUGAUGACUGUCAACAAAACGAAUAUUUUGAUACUUCUUCACUUUCCUGCAUGGAAUGCGAUAUAGACAAACAUUUAGUGCCUUCAAAAAAUCGUUUAAAAUGUGAGUGUGAUAAUAAUAGUAAAUUAAUUGGAUUUGAAAAUUAUUUUCCUAUAUGUAAACCAUGUAAAUUUGGAACAAUUCUAACAAGCGACGGAAAAGAUUGUAUUCCUUGUAGAAAAGAAAAUUCUACAUUAAAUUGUUCAUGUCCUUUAAACAAGAUAAAAGUUGAAAGAAAAUUGACUGGAGAAUUGUUGGAGACUGUCCAAUGUCUUCCAUGUUUCCCGAAUGCUUAUCCAUCAUUUGAUGGACAAGUCUGUCUACCAUGUAAUGAUAUUAAAUUUAAUAGACUCACAAAUUGUGAUUGUCCAGACGAAUUUUUUAUUCGAUUAAAUAAUUACUGCUUUCCAAAAAAUUAUUCAUACUGGUUUGAAUUACAUAAUACAUAUUUUGUGGAAUUUCAAAAUCAAACUUUUGAAAGUUAUUAUCUCAAAAAAAAUUUACAAUUAGCCACAUAUUUGUGCAAGGAUGAAAACAAAACAGAAUGUGAACAUUUAUCAAACAUGUGUGCAUUAACUUUAUUCUCCAAUGAAGCGGCCUGUAAUUUUAUAAGACUGAAAGAUUCUUCUUUAUUUUACAAAGAAGACACUAUUUCUAUUAUAAAUAGUAAAAAUAUUUCACAAAAAUAUAAUCUCGACAAACAUUCUAAUAAAAGCACUAUUGACCUUAAAGUCAUAAAAUAUUCUUUGGAAGGUGAAUUCGAAUCUAUAGACGUGCCAUAUAUUUUUAACGAAUUAUUAUAUGUAAGAUUCGGAGUAAAUAUUCAUAAACAACAAAAAAUAAUGACAAAAGAAUUAAUGGAAAGAAAAAUGGAAUUUUUAAUUCCCUAUCUUGCUUACAAUAAUGAGAAUAAAGUAAAUUUACAUUCUCUUCCUAUUUUAGUACAACAAAUAAACGAGAAUAAAGAAAUUUCUCAAUGGAAGCUCGUAAGAAAAUUUUUUCUAGUUGAUUCUGUUACUGGAAGGAAAUCUAUCAAGAAAUCUGUUAACGACAGUUUGAAAAGUGAUCACGAACUAUCAGGACUGCGUUAUUUAAAAUCACUCGAAAUUUUAAUAAAAGUUCAAUCGCUAGAAGAUCAUGGAAAAAUAUUUCCACCUUUAUUUAUAAUACAAUAUGAUGAAUUAACGAAACAACAAAUUUUAAAUGACGAACAAGUAUUAGUGGAUGUAAAAGUAACUUUUGUUGCAUCAGAGCAAAACAUUACCAAAAUAAUUGGGAUAACAGUUGGAUUUUUUGCAAUUUUUGCUGUGAUUUUGUCAGCCUUAAAAACUUGGACUUAUCGACGAAGAAAUUAUUCAAGUGAAUUUAAUAUAUUAUUGAUUCUGUGGUUUUUAAUAUACUUCCUCAUAUUUAUUGCAAAUAUUAUUCUCUUUGUGUCAAUAAGUACUUGUAUAUGCACAUUUAUUUUCUAUAAAGGACAAACGGUUUUACAUAUUCCACUGCCUGAUAAAAUAGAUGAAACGACAAUUCAUAUUUGUACAAUAAUUGCAUUUUGCCUCAAGACUAUCGAAUUGAUAAGUGUUCUUUUUCGUCAAUGGAGUGUUAAUUUAUUUUUCAUUGAUUGGGAACAACCGAGAGCAAUAUCGAGCUCAAUGGAAUAUUCUUCGCCGAGAACUAAUCUGAAAAAAUUAUUCAGCGACAAAUUAAAUGGAAAAAAUGGUGAUAUUCCAAAAAGAAAAAGAAGAAGAGCAUCAAAAUCAAAAAUUCAAACUGAGAUUGAUAUUUCUCCAAUUAAAAAAAAUGAAGAACAAGAAAAUGAGAGAACAAUUCCAAAAAAAACGCCAGUAAGCGUUUGGAGAAGUUUUUUUAUUGUCAAUGAAUUUUACAAAAUUCAAACCAACAGAAGAGUCAGCAUAAUGUUUCAAAUAGUUUCGACUCUUUUCUUUUUAGAGGUAAUUGGCCUAAAAAAUUGGUCAAUAGGAAUUCCAGAAUUGAGUAUUAAUGAUGAGAAACGAAAUGAAUUACAAAAAAAUUACACAUUACGUUAUGGAAUUGGUGCAUUGGUUUAUUUGAUUCUAUAUCUUUUUCAAUGGCUCCUAUCAAUUUCAAUUUACGAAACAUAUGUGCGAAAAAGAAUUCAACGUUUUAUCGAUUUAUGUUCAAUAUCAAAUAUAAGUUUAUUUAUAUUACAUUUCAAAUAUCACGGAUUUUAUAUUCACGGUAGAUCGGUUCAUGGUUUUGCCGACACGGAUUUAGAAACUCUCGUCAACGAUUUAAAAAAAGAGGAAAAAAAUUUAUGCCCCCAUAGAGGACUUGUUCCUGGAACAAUUGAACAAACAUUUAUCAUUUCCGUUACACCUUCAUUUCGUAAAAUGUUAGAAUCUUCAUAUGGAUCCGAAGAAAUGUCAGAAAAGCGUUUCCUCCGAAAGCAGUAUACACGUUUUUUAAAUUGGGAAAAAUCAAUAAUGGCUCAUGAAAAAGUAAUCAAAUUUUUAUCAAAAUUCAUUGAUCAUUGUUUCAAGGAUCUUGAUUAUGUGGUGAAAGAUAAACUAUUUAUAGAAAAUUUAUGCGAUACAGAAUUUGUAUCAUCAAGGGAUAAAUCUGUUUUUUAUCGAGAUAAUAGUAAUUCAUUCGAAUGUAUUACUUUCUAUGGAAGCGAAUGGAUACUUGGUACAUUUGAAAUUGCACUUUUUGUCUUCUCCCAAGCUAUUUUUCAAAACUACGUUAUUGCUCUAUUAAUUACAUUUUUAAUUUCACAUUCUCUUAUGAUAAUCAACAAGUGGAAUGUCAAAAGAAAUUUGACAAAAAAUACUCUGAUAAGUAAAAGAUUUCUCGUGUAAAUGUUGAGAAAAAUUAGGAGAUUUAAAAUUUUAAUUUUUAAAUUCUAUUCAAAGUUCUUUUUUUUUAUCUUUAAGAAGUUAUUCGAAAAUAUAAAUUUUCAAUGAAUUAUUUACUUAUAGAUUAUAUAGAAAAAAAAACUUUGUGAUCUGUUUUUUAAGACUUCAACAGGGGAAAGAUUUGCUAAAUGAAAUUAACUAUAGUGUAUAUAUUUUUACGAUAUUUUAAUCUUCAAUAAAAGAUGUUUUCCAUUUUCAA